CUCAUUUAUCAGAUAAACUUAAGAUGAGAACUUUUUUUUCCACUAAAGGAAGAUCGCGAACUUGUUCCGGGUGAUGGAGCUGUUUCUCGUGUUGGUGUUGCUGUCAAGGUUCUCCACUCAACUCCCCGAAGCUGUCAAAAGCUCCGGCAAGUACUUCACGGACUUGAAGCUAGCAGUUUUGAGCCCCCGUUUCAUCCUUGUUUUCGGGAACAUGAUAGUCAUCGCUCUCUUCGCAAAGUCAGGGCGAUUCUCGGGCCAAGAUACUGGCUCAAAGAAUGACUUUUACGAUGAAUUUGGGAAGAGCAAGCGCCUGAAUCAUGGUACAAUUUGGAAACUCAGGGAUUCGGACUACCAGGACAAGCAAGUCAUAUUCGAGAAGGUUGUCCCGUCCAAAGAUGUAAAUAGUUCUCGCUAUUCAAGGGCGACGAAGACUGCUGCUUACAGGAGGAGCCAGUCUGAGAAAAUCCUUCUCGGGCAGAAUGAGAAGCCGAACCAUGAACUGAAGCGAUUGGCCACAGAAAAGUGCGUGUAAAGGUUCCAAUUUGGCGAGAAACUUUUGAUUGAAGGUCCGUUCCUGGAUGACUCUAUUAGCAACGAUAAAUUUCGGCAAACCAUCGAGGCUUUCAUUGCUCGGUAGCCGAGGUUUCUAAGGGGCGAGAAGUAUUUUGUCAUGUAAAUUUCCCAAAAGAUUUCGGGUGGGAUAUUAAUUAGUAUAAGUCCGAUAAUGUUUUUUUUCUUGCACGGUCAGGGUUUCUGUAAAAAAAAAAUUUAUG